GUUUGUCAUAGAUCCAUCUCCCAGGAUCCAGAGGCCCUAAAACCAGAUUUGCAGGCUGAUGGGAAAGAACAGACUGGAUGGUUGCCAAUCAGCCUGCCCUCUUCUGGGGGCAUGCCUUUUGGGAAGUCCAGGCUCCAACCAAGGGCGGGUGAGAAGAGUGAUCUCAGGUAGAGAUUGGCUGGACGGUGAGGUUGAGGACCCACCUUCACUGUACCGGCAGAUCUACCCUGCUAACAAAGCUGGGUCUUUGGACCAGAGUACUCUCUUACCUGCACUCUGCUUGAAUGAUCACUGCUGGAAUUUGCACCUCAAAUUGCUCCUUCAGUACAUCCAUGACUAAUAGGUAAUCCAUCUAAGUGAUAACUGUGUACUAAGGUUAAAUAAUGUUUAUGUUGAAGAGUGGGAUUUUGCGGUUAGACCUGCGUUCCACUGCUGGCUCUGCUGUGUGGUUUUAGGCAAAGUAACAUUUUGGAGCCUUGAUUAUAUUACUUAUGACUUCGGAGGAUCAUACUUUGCCACUACCUCCAAAAAGUAGUAACCUCCAAAAAGGUUACUUACAUACAGUUUUUACAGUCCUGAGGGCUGCGCCUAACUGUUCUAUUAUAUUUUUUGUGCAGUUGACUCAAAAUGAUUAUCUGUUUUUCUAUUCCCAAGUUAUUGAGGGCGGGGGGAUUGUGCUGCACUCUACUUUCUCAUUGUUUUCUUCGUAUACUGCCCUGGUUUUCAGAUCAGUCCCCAAGGACCUUACCCUAGGCCCAUCCGCCACGCCCUGUACAUCUGGUCCAACCUCACCAGGCUACAGCCGCACUGGCUACCUUUUAGUUCCAGGGAAAGAUUCUUACCUCUGUCAGGGGUGUUGCUGAGACUUUCCUGUCUGGGAUGCUAUUCCUACCCCUCUUCCCUAGCCGACUCCUGACGUCCUUUGCAUAGGCUUCAGCUUGAAUGUCACCUCUUAAGGAUACCUUUUUCUUGUCUAACGUAUGUCCCCUUCCUGGUUUCAGUUUGCUGCUUGUUCAUUGCCCUUACCAUACCUACAGCUGUUUUAUUCCUUUGUUGCUUGCUUUUUUGUUUCCCCUCCACUGGGCUGUAAGAUCCAUGAGGUCAGGGAUCAUCUCUAGCUUCUUCCAGUCUCCAGCACCUAGCCCACUGCCUAGCACGGUUGCUCUCCAUACUGUGGAAUGACUCAAGCCACAGGAACCACGACACUGAAAUUAACUGGCAGCGCAGUGCUCUGCGCUUCCACCUUCGGUACCCCACUUAGCGGUCGGGAUUUCAGUCCGCAGGAGGGAGCACUCGAACCCCCUACCAGAGGCUUGAUUGUGCCAGCGGAAUGGUUUCCAGGGCGACAGCAAACAGGGGGCGGGGCCUCGGAACCGAGGGCCCUGCUCCCCUGAGAGGAGGCGGUGCGCAGAGGGGAGGCGGGCUCUCGCGCGCUGGGAGGGCGUGCGCCGCGAGGGGCGCAUGCAGGGCCCCGGCGCGGCGCUGCUCCCGAGCGCGGGGGAGCUGGGGUUCGCGCACCAGGGCUCCACCGCCUGGUACUGCCAAGAGGACGGCCGCACCAGUUCUCCCGCCCCAUGGCCCUGGGCGUGCCACUUAGAGUUCCGGCCUCCCGAGACACUGCCUUGGCCGGGGCCCGGCUCCGCCUGUCCCGAGGGGCUUUGCGCUGGCGGCAAAGGCCGGGCCGGCAGUCCCUCUUUGAGCCGCCUAGGCCAUGCCUUCGAGUCGCUGGCCCAAGGCACCCACACCCAGAACGCAGCGGAUCUCCGCCCCCUUGGGUCCCCGCACACUCCGGCUCCGGAUGAUGCCCAGUCGCCGGAUGGUUCCCUUGUCCUCUGGCGAGGAUUCUCCAAGCCAUCUCACCACAUGGGCCGGCUCAGAAACGCCAGGAUCCACGUGGAGAGAGCUGUCAAGCAGAAAAAGAUCUUUAUGAUCCAAGGCCGCUACCCAGUGAUACGGUGCCUCUUGCGCCGGAGAGGCUGGGUGGAAAAGAAGAUGGUCCAUCACUCGGGCACCACCCUGCCACCACCCCAGAAGGAUCUGGAUAGCUCAGUAAUGGGUGAUAGUGACACCACUGAGGAUGAGGAUGAAGAAGAGGACGAGGCAUUUCGGCCACCGCAGCUGUUUGACUUUGAUGAUUUACUGGAAUUUGAUGACCUAGAUGGGACACAUGCUCUGAUGUCCCGCAUGGUUCGGAACGAGGUCCCCUAUUUCAUCUGGACCACUCGGCGGGAUGUGCUGGACUGUCGCUUCCUCUCCAAGGAUCAAAUGAUAAACCACUAUGCCCGGGCUGGCUCCUUUACCACAAAGGUGGGUCUAUGUCUCAAUCUCCGGAAUUUGCCAUGGUUUGAUGAGGCUGAUGCUGACUCCUUCUUUCCGCGCUGCUACCGCCUGGGGGCUGAGGAUGACAAAAAGGCCUUCAUAGAGGACUUCUGGCUGACAGCUGCCCGCAACGUUCUCAAGCUGGUGGUAAAGUCCGAAUGGAAGUCAUACUCUAUCCAGGCAGAAGAGGAAGAGUCCCCAGGAGACAAACAGCCCAAGAAACAGGAGAAAAAGCCAGUGAUGGUGUCCCCAGAGUUUGUGGAUGAGGCUCUGUGCGCCUGUGAGGAGCACCUUAGCAACCUGGCUCACAUGGACAUCGACAAGGACCUGGAGGCGCCGCUGUACCUCAGCCCUGAGGGCUGGUCCGUCUUCCUCCAGCGCUACUACCAAGUGGUCCACGAGGGGGUAGAACUCAGGCACCUCGACGCUCAGGUCCAGCGCUGUGAAGACAUCUUGCAGCAGCUGCGGGCUGUGGUGCCCCAGAUGGACAUGGAAGGAGAUCGCAACAUCUGGAUCGUGAAGCCGGGAGCCAAGUCCCGAGGACGAGGCAUCAUGUGUAUGGACCACCUGGAGGAGAUGCUGAAGCUGGUUGAUGGCAACCCCAUGAUGAUGAAGGACGGCAAGUGGGUGGUACAGAAGUAUAUUGAACGGCCUCUGCUCAUCUUUGGCACCAAAUUUGACCUGAGACAGUGGUUCCUGGUGACCGACUGGAACCCACUUACCGUGUGGUUCUACCGUGACAGCUACAUCCGCUUCUCCACACAGCCCUUUUCUUUGAAGAACCUUGACAACUCAGUGCACUUGUGCAACAACUCCAUUCAGAAGCACCUGGAGAAUUCAUGCCAUCGGCACCCGCUGCUGCCCUCAGACAACAUGUGGUCGAGCCAGAAGUUCCAGGCGCACCUGCAGGAGAUGGGGGCCCCAGACGCCUGGGCCACUGUCAUCGUGCCUGGCAUGAAGGCUGCAGUGAUCCAUGCCCUGCAGACCUCCCAGGACACCGUGCAGUGUCGGAAGGCCAGCUUCGAGCUCUACGGUGCUGACUUCGUGUUUGGGGAGGACUUCCAGCCCUGGCUGAUCGAGAUCAAUGCCAGCCCCACCAUGGCCCCCUCCACUGCUGUCACUGCCCGGCUCUGUGCAGGCGUGCAAGCCGACACCCUGCGUGUGGUCAUCGACCGGCGGCUAGACCGCAGCUGUGACACAGGAGCCUUUGAGCUCAUCUACAAGCAGCCUGCCGUGGAGGUACCCCAGUAUGUGGGUAUCCGGCUCCUAGUAGAGGGCUCCACCAUCAAGAAGCCCCUGGCAAUGUGUCACCGGCGGAUGGGGGUCCACCCAGCACUCCCUCACCUGCUGACCCAGAGAGGCUCUGGGGAAGGCAAGGACUCGGGGACCCUUACCCACAGGUCAGCUCCUAGGAAAGUUGCUGGGGCCAGGAGCCUGGGGCACACUGAGAAGCCAGCCUCCACUGCCACCACCUCGGCCCCUGGAAAGGGGAAGAAAGGCAAGGCGAAAAGUGCCACAGCCCUGGUCAACCCCAAUCUCCGGAAGUGGGAGCCCCCCAGCACCAGGAUGGGCUGCAUUUUCACCAUGACCUUUGCUAGUGGGGACAGGCAACCCCACCCCUUGAACAGAUUGCCAUUGAGUCUGAAGAACCCCCAGGCCCUGGCCCCUUACCACUUCCCCAGCCUCCACACCAAGGCCCGGCUGUCUUCUCCCCAUGUGCUCCGAUCCCAGGGGCGGGUCCUCAGACUGCAACACAGCAAGUUGGUGGGCUCUAAGGCCCUGUCGACCACAGGCAAGGCCUUGAUGACUCUACCUACUGCCAAGGUUUUGAUUUCCUUCCCACCUAACCCUGAGCUCAAGUUGGCAUCCAGUGUCCUGAAACCAAGAAAGGCUGUUGCUCCCCAGCGCCUUCGUGGUUCCCAUCCUGGAGGUGCCUGUGGCCUCUACCCUUCGAAGUUGGAAAUCUUCCUAGCACCCACAGGAAGGUCAAGGCCAAAGGCAAGUUCAAGACCAGACUCCGACAAACCCAAGGCUGAGGCAUGCCUCAUGAAGACACUGAGCCUUCCAGGACCCCUGCCCUUUAUCAAUGCAUACCAGGGGCUAGGGGGCAUAGGGGACGUGAGGCUAGAAAAGCCCUUGCUUCGGUUCACUGCCCCUAUCCUGGAUGCAACACCAAAUAAAAAGGAGCAAGUGAAGUAUCCUGGGCUUGGCUCCAUUUCUAUUGGAGGGUGAAGAAGAGGGUAGGCUGGGGCCCUAAACCCCAAGGUCCAGAAUGAGAGCUGUGGAGACCAUCAGCAGCCUCUCCACAAAGCAAAGGGCCAGAAUUCCACCCCCUAGUGACAGACAUGGGGCUUUCUAUGCAGGGACUCUCUGGCAUCUCCGAUCUUGGAUUGGGGGAUAAGCCUCACGUUGUAGUUGAAGAAACGGAGUCUGAACAAGGAGACAUGGCUUGCCCAAGAUCAUGUGGCAGUGAGAAGGCUAGGACAUAUUGCCAGACUGCUCACCACUGGGAGAUCUCCAAGCCCCAAGCCCAGGGGAGAACCUGGGCUGGCAGCAGAGUGACAUCUAACGGGCAUCAGAUUUACAACAUGAGAUGGGGGAAGGAUGGACCUUGCCGAAACACCAGCCCUUCUCCAGAGGGAGUUGGUCUGUCCCUUCCUCAGCAAGGGGCCAUGGUCACCUAGAAAGGAAAUACCCAACCAGCCACACCCAUCUGAAAAACUUUGGCAUUUCUUAGUUGUAGUGAGUUGAAUGGUAGCCUCUCUUCCCCGCAAAAGAUACAUCUGCCUGGAACCCGUGAAUAACUUUCUUUGGAAAAAUGGUCUUCAUAGAUGUAUUAAGUUAAAGAUCUUGAGAUGAGAGUACUCUGGAUUAUCCAGGUGGGCCCUAAAUCCAAUGACAAGUGUCCUUGUAAGAGAAGACACAGACACAAGAAGACCACGUGAAGAUGAAGGCAGACUGACGUGAUGCAGCCAUGAGUCAAAGCUUGCAGCCCCCAGAAGCUGGAAGAGGCAAGGAUUCAUCUCUAGAGGCUUCAGAGGACACGGCCCUGUCGACACCUUCAUCUCAGCCUUCUGGCCUCCAAACAGAUCUCUGAGAAAAUCAGUUUCUGUUAUUUUAAACUGCUCAGGUUGUGCUAAUUUUGUUACAGCAGUCCUGGGAAACUAAUACACUAGUCAAGUGAAGAUACAUAUACUCUGACAGCAUCUCUUGCAUAAUUGAACCAGGAAAUGCAUACAAGCAGGUUCACACCAGUGUUGUGCUAACAGCUGAACGAUGACAUUAACAGUAGAAUGGAUAAACUGGUAUAGUCAUGCACAGGCAUUCAAACCCACCAUGCAUCACAGAUGCAUUUCACAGUGUGGAACAAGAACAAAUCACAAAAGAAUAUACAUAUAUAGCAUGACUCCAUUUAUGGAAACUUCAGAAUUGGGCAAAACAAAAUAUAUUGUUUAGGGAUGUGUAUGUAUGUGGAAAAACUUAAGCAAGGAAAGCUCCCAUGUCAGGGGAGGGGGUUCCAACCUAGACUGAACAAUAGAACCCCUUCAGGAGCUUUAAAAAAGAUUGAUGUCAGGAUCUCCAGCCCAGAUUGAUAAAAUUGGUAACUUUGGGGUGCAGAAUCCCAGGGUAGGAAGGGGCUUUUUAAAAGCUUCGCUGAGGGAGUUCUAAUAUAGGGCCAGCAUUGAGAAUUGCUACCCUAACAAGGAAGGAGAGGCAUGUUUCUAUUUUGUGCCCUGAGUGGUGGUUAUAUGGGUGUCACCUUGUAAUUAUUCUUUAAAUCACAGAGCUAUUUAUGUACUCUUUGUAUGUUUGAUAUAUUUCACAAUUUUUUCAAGUAAAAGAUCUAAGAUCUUCACUUACAUGCAGUCCCCAGAAUAGUCAGAUUCAUAGAGACAGAGGAGAAUGGCGGCUACUGGGGGCUGGAAGGAGUGGAUGGGGCGUCAGUGUUUAAUGGGGCAGAGGUUCAGUUCUUCAAGAUGAUGGGAUGUGACGGUUGCACCACAAUGUGCAUGUACUUAAUGCCACUGAACUGUUCACUUAAAAAUGGUUAAGAUGGUAAAUUUUGCUAUGUGUAUUUUACCACAAUUAAACGACAACAAAAAAAUCAGACAUUUCCUCUCAGCUAGAACUGGGAAACAGCCAAAUAAAAACACCAUAUAUUGAA